GGAAGCUUGAGUUUAAAUUGUGUGUUGUGUAACACUUUGUUUAUAAGUGCAGUAGGCUAGUCGUCAGUCAUGCUUGAAUUGUGGUUUUUUUAUCAAGGGUAGUCUAAGCAAACGGCUUCAACUGUUUCACCUUGUCAGAGGAGUGGAUGGGAAGGGAGGACUCACCAGCCAAUAACUACGGGAAUCUUCCCGUAAAAGGUCACGCACUGAUUAUUUAUUGGCAAUCUGCCAAAGCGCGCGCAUGUGUGUGUGUUUACUGGAAGAACCUCAGAGCUGAGGAGGUGGAGCCUUCGCUCUACUCGUUGACCGCGGUAACACAGCUACCUCCGUUUGCUAGAGAGCGAGAGAGAGAGAGAGAGAGAGAGAGAGAGAGAGAGCGAGCGAGCGAGAGAGAGAGAGGACACCGACGUCUUUACCGAUACAUUUCUCCGUCGGUUAGAAGAGGCCGUCUAUUCAGCGUUAAUGACAAAGUUAAUAAAUGAUUUAACACACAGACAUUCGGGGACUUUGGAUAUUUUCUCCCUGGAGAGGAACGCUGGAGCCCGGGACAGGAACAAUCUCCAAGGUAAAUAAACAGGCUCCAUACCCGGGGCAUAGAGUGCUGCUGUACAUGGUUCAUAAAAUAGCAUACUGCAUAUGUGUGUAACAGUGCACAUGUUAAGCAAGACGUUGCAAUUGCGCAAAAACAUGAUUAUCAUAACGGCGAUAUGGGAAGCCAUUUGUGCCUCCAAAAACAUCACAGGGAACCAGCUCUACUACAGGCAGCUUAAUGGCGCAAUGCAGAACAGGACUUUGCUUUUGGGAUGUAUUAUACUCAUUCUCCUUAUUCCAGAUAGACAGUGCUAUGUUGUACACUCUUGGAAGGAAAUAUGCCUCAAAUAACCUUUUGGUGUUCAACAGAUUGCCACAUACCUUUUUUUUCAGGUCAAAACUGUUCCUUGAGGAACCUCUCUGAAAAAGUUCUUCAAGGAACCCCUGUGUAAAGCAUAUAACGGUAACCUUUUUGUGAUGCAAGGGGUUAAAUUUUGAACCUAUUCAAUAAUAUAUUGUAGUGGCAAUAGCCUAUCAAAAUAUUGGAGGCAUGACUUUUAGUUAUUUUUGUCCCCCCUGUAAGAGUAAAUGUUAUUCAUGUUCAUCAUGUUAACCCUUUGCUAUAUUGAAACAUUAAAGGUUAUUCCAAGAACCCCUCAACAAACCGAAGGUGCAAAUAUGAACCCAUUGACUGCAAUGGCUCCUUGAGGAACUCCAGGUUUCCUCGAGUCAGCCUACACUCUUAGAAUUAGGGGGUAAGUCACAUUUCUAUUUUGUGGCUGGAAGGGGCCCCAGCUCAGCUCAGACAGACACCAUGUUUAGCAGCUGCAGAGCGGGCAGUUAUGGCAUCUCUUGCCGCUUCAAGUAACAACUAGCAUCGGUCCUUGGUGAAUGGAGAUCUAUUAAAUAUGGAGCUGGGCCCAUUACGUCUUGCUCCAAAUGCACUGAUCAGCAGCACAGUGAGACGGCCAGACCCACCCACCCGGGGGUAGCCUAUUUACCAUGAAACCGGAGAACCAUAGAGCUCUGCUGGUGAAAGCAGCAGGCUGCAUGGGAAUGAGGUUAUUUAUUCAGAAUGAACCUGGACUCAUUCAUAAUAACCUGGUUUUCUGAACCCCCCCCAGUGGUAAAAGAGAGUUUGAGCUGAGCUGUGUGUGUGUGUGUGUGUACACAGUUAUUUGGACCUUAACGUCAGAGAUGAUAAUGACCUGACUGACAACAGGGAUCAAGGUUCAAACCUCUAGCUGAAUGUUUGUGGGUGUGUAGCUAUGUAUGUUUUUGUGAAUGUGUUUUAUGUACAGAUGAUUUACUCCACCAUGUGAUGGCCUCCAUAUAGAAUCAGUGGAAAAAGACUGCUUCACACCUUUGAAGUGUUCACAAGAAAAUGUAUGAUAACACAUUUCUGCCCCCUGCUCUCUCUCUCGCCUUUCUCUCUGCAGCUGUCUGCAGUGGGUGGUCUCUCUGAGGUCCUCUUUGGACUGCUCCUCAGUGUCAUCGCUCUGGGAAACGUGUGUGCACCCCUCUCCCCCCCCUCCUUCCUCACGCCCUCACCCUUUUCCCACAUCGCAAACCCUCUUCAUCCCUUCUUCUCUCUCUCCCUCCUGCCCUCUACUCUCCCUCGCCCCUCCCUGCUCUGGACCCCCCACCCCUCGGUCAACGAGCCGAGCGUGGGGGUAAGGGCGCCAUGGUAACCCACAGCAGGCGCGACCCCCCCACCAUGAGCAGCAUGACCCCCCCAGAGCCCAGAGGUCAGGGGUCUCAUGUGCACCACCUGCGCUAUAAACCCUUCAGCUCACAUGCACACUACCAACAGGUGCUGUGUGCGGUGCGUAAGCUACAAGAGAGUGGGUUCUACUGGGGUGCGGUGGGGGGUCGUGAGGCUAGCUCUCUGCUCCGCUCCCAGCCCCCCGGGACCUUCCUGGUUCGAGACUCAUCCGACCACCACUACUUCUUCACACUGUCGGUCCAGACGGCCCGCGGGACCAAGAACCUCCGUAUCCACAGCCAGGGGGGAAGCUUUUACCUGCAACCCGACUCGUGCUGCACACACAUGCCCCCGCGCUUCGACUGUGUGCUCAAACUGAUUGGACACUACAUGGGGAAGGAGGGGCGAGGUGGAGAAGCAGCAGGAGGAGGGGAGGCUGGGGUAAGGGCGGGGGGAGGCACGGCUGCGGCGGCAGGGGAGACUGUGGGGUCGGGGACUGGGAGUGUGUAUCUGAUACACUCAGGGGGAGAGAAGGUUCCGUUGGAGCUGCGUCGACCCCUCCCCUCCUCCCUGUCCUCCCUCCAACACCUGUGUAGGAGGACCCUGAACGGACACCUCGGGGGCUCGGCCAGCCCCGACACACACCAGCUCCCUCACACACUCAGGAACUUCUUGGACGAGUACGAUGCCCCUAUCUAACACACACACACAUACACACAAAAACACACACACACUCACACAGUUCAGGUUUGGGGUUUUCCCCUCUAACGGUUGAGGAUAGGAUUUGGAAAGGGUAAGCUGUUCCAAAUCGAUGCCACUGCUUUCUUACCAAGGGGAACCUAAUAUAGGUAACCAUUGAUACUCCUCCACUCCUGGACAGACCGUUAAUGGGAGUUAAGACAAGACUGGGGGGGUUAAAAGUCGUUGCCCUCUCAGCCAGUGACCCAAUCUCCCAGCGGGUGCUGUGAUUGGGUAGUCAAAAAGAUUGAUAGGUCGAAAAUGCAGACCGUGGACAUGCCACACAUGCAUGCAAACACACACACAGUGACGUGUGUGGCUUUAGGAGUAUAGCCAGAAGGUUGUUUGGGGUUUGUUGUGCUGCUGUGGCUGAGGUAUAGCUCCUUCUAUUGAUCAAUA